UACUAAAUGGUACAAUUAGACAUGAUUUUUGGAUUGUACUAGGUGUAAAUUGACAUAUGGUAUUUUCUAAUAUUUACAAAAGCUUCUACGGUGGCUAUGGUCUUAAAGUAGUGGCCGUGGUGCAUUUCAUAAAGAGUAAAAAAUUUGAAGUGGUUGAAAAAGAUAGAAAUGAUUCACCACUUCUAUGGCCAACAGCUCUCCCAAACUCAUCUCUUUCUUGUUUUGUAUCUUUCACAAUCAUCUUUCAGUCUGUCUGAAUUGCAGUUGCAGAAGCGAUGGAGAACGCAGAGGUAGUUUUCAUUCCAGGGCAUGGAAUGGGCCAUCUUGUACCAGCUGUGGAGAUGGGGAAGCUGUUAACCAGUAGAGCGGAAUGGAUUUCUGUCACUUUCCUCAUAAUCGGAAUUCCAUUUGAAACCGGCGUUGAUUCAUAUACGCAGUCUCUCUCGCACGGCGCUCCUCGCUUACACUUUCUCAGUCUCCCUCAGCCGCCGCCUCAACGCCGUGAAAACGCGGCGGCUAGUUCUGUUUCCCAGGAUGCUAAUGCUCUUGACCAUAUCUCUGCUCACAAGGCGGCUGUGAGGGAUGUGAUCUCCGAUUUCUGCAGAUCCGGUCGAGUAAUUGCGGGUGUUGUUGUGGAUAUGUUUAGUACGAGCAUGAUUGAUGUUGCCGAUGAGUUUGGAGUUCCUAGCUACGUGUUUUAUACCUCCGGCGCUGGGUUUCUAGGGCUCAAGUUUUACGCUCAGACGCUAAAAGAUGAACACGGCCGGGAUAUUUCCGAGUACCAAGAUUCGGAAGCGGAACUGUCGGUUCCGAGUUUCGCGCGGCCUGUACCGGCUAAGGUCUUGCCUACGCCCAUGCUGGACAAAUAUGGCGUUUUAAUGGUCCAACACUCUGGUCGAAUGAUUAGAAGAACAAAAGGAAUCCUAAUUAACACAUUCUUGGAGCUAGAGACGCACGCGAUUGCAUCCCUAUCUGACGGGAAUUUCCCGCCCGUUUACCCUGUAGGUCCGCUGAUCAAUCGCCGCGGCGGCGGUGAUGAAGAGGUGAAGAGAUGGUUGGAUGAGCAGCCGCUUUCUUCGGUGGUGUUCCUGUGCUUCGGGAGCUACGGGAGCUUCAGCGCGGACCAAGUGAAGGAGAUCGCCGCCGCGCUGGAGCGCGGCGGCUGGCGCUUCCUGUGGUCCCUACGGCGGCCGAAAGUGAAGGGAGAAUUCGGGGCGCCCGGCGACUAUUCGGAUCCUAAGGAAAUCUUGCCGGAAACCUUCUUAGAGCGUACUGAGGCUAGAGGUAAGGUGAUCGGAUGGGCGCCGCAGAUGAUGGUGCUAUCUCACCCGUCCAUCGGAGGCUUUGUGUCUCACUGCGGUUGGAAUUCCAUCUUAGAAAGUGUGUGGUGUGGAGUGCCGGUGGCGACGUGGCCAAUGUACGCUGAGCAACAAAUAAACGCUUUUGAGCUUGUGGUGGAGCUGGAGAUGGGCGUCGAUAUCAAGACGGAGUACAGAAGUGGCACCCUAAUGUCCCCGGAAAAAGAAGACAAAAAUAUUCAAAGGCCGAUCAUUGUCAGCGCAGAUGAGAUUGAGUGUGGGAUAAGGAAACUCAUGGCGGAUCACGGAAGAAUCAUCAGAAAGAAAAUGAAAGAUAUGAAGGAGAAGAGCCGAUUAGCCUUGUUGGAAGGUGGCUCUUCAUACAAUUUCUUGGGGCAUUUUAUCAAUGAUCUUGCCCACCAGGCAAAAUACUCUCGCCCCAGGUCCAGCCUACAGGAUAGUGAAAAGGUAAAAUCAUGAGUCAAAAACACUAAUGCUCGGUAUCCACAAAAACCCGCCACAUUAGAUGUAGAUCAUAAUUUACUACUCAGGAACUGAGUUGAGAUUUUAUGAAUGAUCUACUCAAAUCAAUCAAAUUUCACAUUCCUAAUUACUACUGCUGCGAAAGACUUUUUCCAGUUAAUAGUAUUUAUUUAAAAAGCUGUAUAUUAAUUACAAUUCUUAAUACCACAAGAUAUAGUAGUUUACUUAAAA